UGUCACAGCUGCAGCCCCGGGCGCGCUCCCGAGAGCAGGGCCGCUACCAGGAGGAGGAAUAAGAGCAACACUCAUAAUCGGAGGAAGAUGUCGGAGGUGCGGAAGUUCACGAAGAGGCUCAGCAAACCCGGCACGGCGGCCGAGCUCCGGCAGAGCGUCUCCGAGGCGGUGCGCUCCUCCGUGGUCGCGGAAAAGCCCAAGAUCAUCGAGCCGCUGGACUACGAGAAUGUUGUGUUCCAAAGGAAGGCCCAGAUACACAGCGACCCCCACAGGGACCUGCUGCUGUGUCCCGUGGACGACGUCUCGGAGUCUCGGAUAUCUCGGCAGAGAAGGACCAUCAGCUCAUCGGUGCCACAGAACGCGGAGGAGGAAGCCAGAAGUUUGUUUGCCAAAGAGUGCAUCAAGAUGUACAACACGGACUGGCACGUGAUCAACUACAAGUACGAGGCGUACUCCGGAGACUUCCGCGUGCUUCCCAGCAAGGGCCUGAAAACGGAGAAGCUGCCGUCCCACGUGUUCGAGGCGGACGAGGACGCCAAGGACGAGGACUCCUCUUCGCUGUGCUCCCAGAAAGGAGGCAUCAUGAAGCAGGGCUGGUUGCAGAAGGCCAACAUCAACAGCAGCCUCUCUGUUUCCAUGCGGGUUUUCAAGCGGCGGUACUUCUACCUGUCUCAGCUGCCCGACGGCUCCUACAUUCUCAACUCGUAUAAGGAUGAGAAGAACUGCAAAGAAACCAAAGGAUCCAUCUACUUGGACUCAUGCAUAGACGUCGUGCAGUGCCCCAAGAUUCGUCGGAAUUGCUUCGAGUUGAAGAUGCAGGACCGCUACAGCCACUUCCUGGCUGCGGACGGCGAGACGGAGAUGGAGGAUUGGGUGUGCACGCUGAAACAGGCCCUGCAGAGCAGCACGGAGGGCAGCCAGGACCGCCGAAACGGGGGAGAACCGCUGGACUCGGCCCUCGAUGAUGACAGCAGCAGCCAGGGGAAGGCGGAGAACAUGCUGGAGAGCCUGGGACGGAGCCUACACCCUGAGCUCAUGAAGUAUGCGAGAGAAACAGACCAGCUCAAUAAAAUGAACAGGAACGAAGGGCGACACAAGCUCUUCACGCUGGACCCCGAAACUCAGAGGCUGGACUUCUCGGGCAUCGAGCCGGACGUGAAGCCCUUCGAAGAGCGCUUCGGCCGCCGCGUCCUGGUCAGCUGCCACGACCUGACGUUCGCGCUGCAAGGCUGCGUCAGCGAGAGCGACGACGGGGUGCCCACCAACGUGGAACCGUUUUUCAUCAGCCUCGCGCUGUUCGACCUGUCCAAGAGUUGCAAGAUCUCGGCCGACUUCCACGUGGACCUGAACCCCCCUUGCGUGCGCGAGAUGCUGGCCGAGAGCUCGGCCCAGGCUACGGCGGAGCCCGGCGCCGCCGGGGGAUCCUGCAACGGCCUUCCCGUCCUGCAGAGGGCCACGCCGUCCCUGCUGCGCUUCCCCACGCAGGGGAUCUUUUCGGUGACCGACCCCCAUGCAGAUAUCUUCCUGGUGGCCCGAGUUGAGAAAGUGCUGCAGAACGGCAUCACUCACUGCGCCGAGCCCUACAUGAAGACCUCCGACAUCAGCAAGAAUUCCCAGAAGGUGCUCAAGGCGGCCAGGCUCACCUGCCAGCGUCUCGGCAAGUACAGGAUGCCGUUUGCCUGGGCGGCCAAACAGGUGUUCAAAGACGCCCAGGGCAGCUUGGAUAUGGAUGGGAAGUUCUCGCCGCUUUAUCGUCAGGACAGCAGCAAGAUCUCCACCGAAGACCUCAUCAAACUGCUGGCAGAGAGCAAAAAGCCUGAGAAAAGCAGAUUGCAGACCAUCCCUGGGCAGCUGAAUGUCACCAUCGAGUGUGUUCCCCCCGACUUAUCAAAUUCGGUCACCUCCUCUUACGUACCCGUGAGACCCUUCGAGGAGCCUUGCGAGAGGGUCUCUGCGGAAACGGAGGAGUUUGUCCCUGAUGAAGCCCGGUUCCACUCCCCCUUCACCGUCUACAAGCACCACCUGUAUGUCUAUCCGCUGCAGCUCAAGUACGACAACCAGAAGACCUUUGCCAAGGCACGGAACAUCGCCGUGUGCAUGCAGUUCCGCGAUUCGGACGACGAGGGCGCCGCCCCGCUGAAGUGUAUCUACGGCAAGCCGGGGGAGACGCUCUUCGCGGGCGGCGCCUACGUAGCUGUGCUCCAUCACAACCAGAGCCCCGAGUUUUACGACGAGGUUAAAAUUGAGCUUCCUGUCCAUGUCCACAACAAGCACCACAUCCUUUUUACUUUCUACCACAUCAGCUGUGACUUCAGCACUAAGAAGAAGGAUGGGGUUGAGUCUCUGGUGGGAUACUGCUGGGCUCCCCUGCUGAAGGACGGCCGCCUGCAGUCUGUGGAGCUCCAGCUGCCCGUUUCGGCCAACCUGCCCGCUGGAUACCUGAACGACAAAAGCCAGGAUGGCCGGAAGUCCUCUCCAGACAUCAAGUGGGUGGAAAAUGCCAAACCUCUGUUCAAAAUGAGAAGCCAUGUGGUAUCAACAAUACAUACUCAGGAUCCACACCUUCACAGGUUCUUCCAGCACUGCCAGAUGAUGAGAGCCGGCUCCGAGGACAGCCCGGCGGAGCUCAUCAAGUAUCUCAAGUGCCUGCAUGCAAUGGAAACCCACGUCAUAAUCAAGUUUCUUCCCACGGUGCUGGUGCAGCUUUUUGAAGUUCUCACCGCAUCUUCGAAGGAGGCGCAAGAGAUCGCCGUCAACGCCACACGGGUGAUCAUACACAUUGUGUCGAGGUGCCACGAGGAGGGUCUUGAGCACUACCUCCGCUCCUUUGUCAAGUAUGUGUUUGUGACCAAUAAAUCAGCAGCUGGGAACUCUGUCACCACACAUGAGGUCCUGGCGACCGCUGUGACCGCAAUCCUGAAGCAGACUGCCGAUUUCAUCACAAGCAACAAACUGCUUAAGUACUCCUGGUUCUUCUUCGAGAUCGUGGCCAAGUCGAUGGCGCAGUUCUUACAGGAGGGGAACAGGAUAAAGAUGCCACGAGCCCAGCGGUUCCCAGACAGCUUCCAGCAGGCUCUGCAGUCACUGCUGCUGUCCAUCAUGCCUCACAUCACAAUCCGCCACGUGGAGGUCCCAGAUGAGGCACGCUGUGUCAAUCUGAGUCUGGCCAACUUCAUCAAGCGAUGCUUCACCUUCAUGAACCGAGGGUUUGCCUUCAGCCUUGUUAACGACUACAUGUGUGGCUUCACCCUCAAGGAUCCCAAGGUGCUCACCGAGAUGAAAUUUGACUUCCUCAUGACGCUGUGCAACCACGAGCACUACAUCCCCCUGAACCUGCCCAUGGCGUUCGGCCGCACCAAACUGCAGCGAGUGCAGGAUAUUAUUUCAUUUGCGAUGGACCGUUUUAGCGCCGUAGAUCUAAGUCUGGAGUUCAGCUUGACAGAGGACUACUGCAGAAACCACUUUCUGGUCGGGCUGCUUCUCAGGGAGGUGGCUGAAGGGCUGCAGAGUUGCCCAGAGGUGAGGCAGCUGGCUGUAGCUGUGCUCAAGAACCUCAUGGUGAAACAUGCCUUGGACGAUCGAUACAACCUGUUUAAGAACCAGCAGGCGCGGAUCUGCAUGCUGUAUCUCCCCGUGCUGGAGCUGCUGUACCAGAACAUGAAGCAGCUGGUGCCCCGCGAACUGUCCUCCAACUCCUGCCUGGGCUUCACGGCCUCCAGAGAUGACCUAAGACUGGCAUGUCCUUCAUCAGACCCCCGCAGGACCAGUACAGGAGUGGACAAAGACCAAGGUCUCAUGGUCCAGAACGGACAUGUGGUGAAGCGGGAGGACUCCAGGGGGUCCUUGUUCAUGGAAGCAAGUGCCUUGGACGGCAGCGAGCUGCACAGACGGGGGUCCACCCUGAGCGCCCUUAACCCCGUGGGCAGGCUCGGCCACUACGAGGUCAAAGGACUGCUCCUGUGCUUCUUGUACAUCGUCAAGACUGUGUCAGAAGAUACCCUGCUGGCCUACUGGAACAAAGUUCCUCCACAGGACGUCAUGAACUUCCUCAGCCUACUUGAGAUAUGCCUGUUCCAGUUCAGAUAUGCUGGAAAGAGGAAUAUUGGCAGGGGCCAGGAUGCUUGGGUGUCAAAGCUGUUCUCCCCAGACAGGAAGUCUCAGACCAUGCCCGUCAUGCGCAGCAGAGGGGGUCUCAUGCAGGCCAAAAUCCAGCAGUUUAGCACCAUGGAUCCAUCUUUUACACUCAGUACUGGAGCUGGGCCCUCAGAAGCAGAGAUACACCAUCAGGCCCUUUUGGAGGGGAACAUCUCCACCGAGACAUGUCUGAUCGUGCUGGAUGUCAUCUCGUUGUUCUCGCAGAGCUUUAAGAAUCAACUGCUGGAAAGCGACGGCCACAACCCGCUGAUGAAGAAGGUCUUCGACGUCUAUCUGACUUUCCUGAAAGUCGGCCAGUCAGAGGCAGCGCUCAAACAUGUCUUUGCUUCCCUGAGGGGUUUCAUCAGCAAGUUCCCAUCGGCCCUGUUCAAGGGGCGCCUGACGCUGUGCGCGGCGCUGUGCUACGAGGCCCUCAAGUGCUGCGUGUCUAAGCUGAGUUCGCUGCGGGCCGAGGCCUCUGCUUUGCUCUACCUGCUCAUGCGCAACAACUUUGAGUACACCAAGAGGAAGACCUUCCUCCGCACCCACCUGCAGAUCAUCAUCGCCGUCAGCCAGCUAAUCACCGACGUGGCGCUGACGGGCAGCUCGCGCUUCCAGGAGUCGCUCUCCAUCAUCAACAACUUCGCCAACAGCGACAAGGCCAUGAAGUCGACGGCCUUCCCGGCCGAGGUGAAGGGCCUGACCAAGCGCAUCCGCACCGUGUUGAUGGCAACGGCGCAGAUGAAGGAGCAUGAGCGUGACCCGGAGAUGCUGCUGGACCUACAGUACAGCCUGGCGCGCUCCUAUGCCAGCACACCUGAGCUGCGGCGCACCUGGCUGGACAGCAUGGCGCGAGCCCACAUCAAGAACGGAGAUUUCUCGGAGGCCGCCAUGUGUUACGUCCACGUUGCCGCGCUGGUGGCCGAGUACCUGCACCGGAAGAAGGUUUUCCCCAGCGGCCUGACGGCCUUUAAGAAGAUCACCUCGAAUAUCGACGAGGAGGCAGCCAUGAAGGAGGACAUUGGCAUGCAGGACAUCUACUACACUGAGGAGGUUCUGAUGGAGCACCUGGAGCUAUGUGUGGAUGCACUGUGGAAGUCGGAGCGAUACGAGCUCAUCACGCACAUCGCGAAGCUCAUCAUCCCCGUGUAUGAGAAACGGCACGAGUUUGAGAAACUGAGCCGGCUGUACGACACGCUGCACCGCGCCUACACCAAAGUCCUGGAAGUGAUGCAGACGGGCCGCAGGCUGCUGGGGACCUACUUCAGAGUGGCCUUCUACGGACCGGGUUUCUUUGAAGAAGAGGAUGGGAAGGAGUACAUCUACAAGGAGCCCAAACUGACCGGCCUGUCAGAGAUAUCCCACCGCUUACUUAGUCUCUACGGGGAGAAGUUUGGAUCAGAAAAUGUUAAGAUCAUUCAAGACUCCAACAAAGUGAAUCCCAAAGAGCUGGACUCAAAGCUGGCCCACAUCCAGGUCACGUUCGUGAAGCCGUACUUCGAUGAGAAGGACUUGGGUGAGAGGAAAACGGACUUUGAGAGAAGCCACAACAUCAACCGCUUUGUGUUCGAGACGCCUUACACGUUGUCGGGAAAGAAGCACGGAGGAGUGGAGGAACAGUGCAAGAGGAGGACGGUGCUCACGACAUCUAACACCUUCCCGUACGUGAAGAAAAGGGUGGAAGUGGUGGGGGAGAAGCAGGUGGAGCUAAAGCCCAUCGAUGUGGCCAUCGAUGAGAUGCGAGAUCGCACAGCUGAGCUGCAAAAACUCUGCUCCAGCCAAGAAGUGGAUAUGAUCCAGUUGCAGCUCAAGCUGCAGGGCUGCGUCUGUGUCCAGGUGAAUGCAGGACCUAUGGCCUACGCUCGGGCCUUUCUCGAUGAUGCAAAAUCCAACCAGUACAAUAGCAAGAAAGUGAAAGAGCUCAAGGAUAUUUUCAGGAACUUCGUGCAGGCCUGCAGCGUGGCUCUGGACAUCAACGAACGCCUGAUCAAGGAAGACCAGUUGGAGUACCACGAGGGCCUCAAGGGUAACUUCAAGGACAUGGCGAAGGAGCUGUCCGACAUCUUCCGCGAACAGAUCUUCCAGGAAGACAUGAUGGGCUCCCUGCUGCAGAACUCCCUUCAUGUUUUCCGAGCCAUCAGCGGAACCACCACUGAUCUUGGCUAGUUUCCCUCCUACCUCUCAGAACCCUCCUGGCCCAGUCACAGUGCUGUCCGCAUGGCCACGCAACCUGCUGCAUCUCCCUCCCACACCACUGAAGGCCACAAAGUUCCUUUAUGUUCCCAGUGCCUUGCUCAGCACAGCAUUCACCACCAUCUGUGUUGCCAGAGAAAGAUCCAGAUCCAGAAAGGCACCUGGUUUUCCCAUUAAAAAGUAGCCUUCCUGUUUUCAACUCAAAGAUUGCUGGGAGAAGAUCCAGACAAGCAACUGCAACAAGGAAGCUGUCCAGUGUACCUUCUCAUUGGGGCUGUAAAGACUAUGUCAAAAGAAAGAAGAGAGGCACAUUGGCCACCAUGACUCGGGAGUGUAAGGAACACACCUUAGACCUCCUCUCCAUCUCGCCCCCCCACGUUACAUGGUCUGCCUAAGCACUGGCAUGAUAAUCAGUCACGGAUGAUUGAUUUGCUGGUUUCCCCUACACUGUGUACAUAUUUAUAGUGAUUGCUGUAGGGCAAAAAGGAACAUAAGACCUGAGAAUGUUAGCUUGAUAUACUUCUAGACAACUUAAAAGGCUGGUUCCUUGCAUGCAGGACCCAAAUUCUAUACCGUGAGCAUUCCUCUGGAGUGAAUUUGAGGAACCGGAAGUGACAGUGCUGUUGCAACGAGACUGUUGAGCAAGCCACCGAGAGGAGCAUGGUGUGGGGCGCCUGGGUUCGCCUGUGUCCUGCAACGAGUGGAGAAGAGUGUAUCCUGCUGUACGCAACACCAGAAACACAAAGUCAUGACCCACCUGUGGUCAGGUGAAUGCGCUCCAGGAAAUAGCCUCCGUGACACCCGCUCCGGACCGGAUCUCUGUUGUUCCCGCAGGUCACUCUACGCCUCUGCUCAUGCUGCUGGUGUGCUAACAAGUCCUAGUAAGAAUAUGGCCGAAUGCUAGCAAUGCGCUCCACCCCAGCAAUCUGUCAUAACUGCUGCUUGGUUCUACCCUUGGGGCCAUGUCUUUGACAAACAGACCAGCAGCAUUAUCCUGGAUGCCCAGUGAAAGCUCUGUCCUGCCCGCCAGCUGUUCGCUGCCCCUCACGCGCCCACCAUCGUAGCGCUACAGGGCACCAAGAAACAGUUAUACGUUUUGUCUGGUUUUCGUCCUUUGUCACCACGGUGCUUCUUUUAGAGGAGGCAAGUUCUUUAGCAAAACAGUUUUUGACAUGCGUUAAUGACCAAGCUUUAAAGUUGCCGCAUAUUUAUGUCUUUUAAAAUAUGAACGAAAUCUUUAAUUUAUUUCUAAGGGACUGCUUGGCUGAGAAUCGUUCCUCCUUUAAAUGAAACGACAGUCACUAAGAGCCCAGUAGCUGCAGUAUUUCCACAGUUAAUGUGGUUCGGUUUUUGUGGAAAAGAUUAUGUAUACAUGCAUUUUAUAUGAAUAUACUGUAAGAUUAAAAAACGUAAGAAGCAAUGCAUUUUAGAGGAUGUGCCUAAGACUUAAGUGUCUUUAAAGAGAGCUAGAAAUAAUAGUUGGUGUUAAGAAGGCCUAUGGAGAAGGGGAUGGGGAUGGAGUUGGGCUCCACAGGUAAUGUGUGUGUUCGUCCUGUGCCAUCAAUGCCUUCAGGCCCUCAAGAAGCGUCUCCGUUUCCAUGAGGUAGCAUAUCUUCACAUAUAUGCUGUUAUACAGUAUUUUACAAGUGCUGCACUGAAGUGAAAAUAUAUAUGCAGAUUUAUAUGACAAUUCAAUGCUGUAAAAAAAAAAAAAAAAAAAAAAUGUGUACUGAUUCAAGUGUAUUGGCCCUCGCUGCUGUUUCACACGAUUAUGGAGAAUUGUUGCUCUCAACGCUGUUAAGUAAAGUACAUCCUACGUGAGU